CCAUGAAUUUUUAAUUAGUUGAGUGACACACCCACAAUUGUGAAUAAUAUAAUUUUUGGAGCUGCUCAAGAUGUUUCUGUUGUUUGCUCUCUUUUGCUAUCAAUUGCUUGCAAAGACAAAUUCUCAAAGUUACUGCACCCAAAGUGGUGUUGACCAGACUUUUAUCUGCAGCAGAGAAAUCAACCAGUCCCUCACUAUUCCUUGUGGCUCAUCUGGUGAUCCUACAAGAAACUUCACGUAUACCAUAAUUCGACCGUUUGAAGGAUCUAUAGAAACUAUUCAAACGGUGUCAUUUCUGACUCUCAAUUUGCAGACAAGAGACCAAAUGGCAUCAAUCUCAUGCACCAUUGAUGGAAGAAUAGAAGCUAACUAUAAGAUUAAUGUUACCAUUCCCCCUUAUUCAAUAAAGUUUGGCUCAAGUCCUGAUGUUUAUGUGUCCGGCCCCAUUAGACUAUCAUGUCCUAUAGAAGGUAAUCCUCGCCCUCACUUUGUGUGGCAUAGAUACAAUGAUAUCGAUCGAAGCAAAGAACUAUCAUUACCAACGGAAUUAGAAUUUGAUGUCAAUAGUCUAAAUAAGACUUGGACUAUACAGAACUGGCAGGAGUAUAUGAAUGGAUUUUAUACAUGCUGUGCUGAAAACUAUUUAGGUCAACACUGCUACAUAAAUGGAGCCACAUUCAGACUCUUUGCUAAAAUUUGUGAUGGUUCUACUGACACUGAUGGUUAUAUUAAAACUGCUAGCAAUGAGCUGACAUAUCCAAUCAAAUCAACUAUUAGUAUCACAUGCAUUGCCUUCAAUGCUGUGCAUAACCAGCCACCAAACUGGUUUUUUAAAUCGUUUUAUGAAACAAGACCCACUAGGAUACCUACCCUAAAGCCUGGACCAUCUUAUAGCAUUAGAUACAGAUACGAUGACAGAAAGUGUUUGUGGAACUCCACACUGAUCAUCUCUAACUUUUCUGUGUCUCUUGCUGGAUCUUACUAUUGUAGCUAUGGGUUGAACAAAGUCCACAGUCUUGAUAUUGACUUACAAGCAUGUCAUAAGCUAAGCAGUGAGAACAUUAGUCUUACAGUAUCACCAACUCAAAGAGCUGUGGGUGAAAAUGGAUCUCUAUUAGUUUUGUCCUGCAUGGUCAAUAGUACACCUCAUGAUGCUCCUCCGGUUUGGUGUAAAUUAAACGACAAUGAAGAUUGUGAAAUCAUUAACUCUACUAGUAAUGGGCGUAAGAAUUGUUCAUGGAUCAGUACAGUUGAGAUAUUAGUGUCAGACUGGACGAUUGGCCAGUAUCAGUGCUCACAUUUGGAUGUGGUGCGUCAAGUUGAAGUGACAGCAACAAAAAGAAAAAGCCCGUCAAGCAGUUUAGCAAUAGGAGCAGUAUCACUGAUAGCGGCAAUAAUAAUAAUCGUUAUUAUUAUGACAGCAGUAACAGCAUUACUGCGUUGCUAUAAAGCAACAAGAUACGCCAGAACAAAAGAACCUCCAUAUGAAGGCUUUCAAUGGGAUGCUUUUCUAAGCUAUCACACAGAAGCAGAGGAAUUUGUAAUAAGACACAUAAAGCAAGUACUAGAGGAGAGAGGGUACAAGAUAUUCUGGCACCAUUCGGAUUUCAUUGGAGGCAAAACUAUCACAGAUAACAUCAAUGACGCUGUGAACGAGAGCAGAAAAGUCAUUUUUGUUUUUACAAGAAAUUUUGUGAACAGUGAAUACUGUAUGAUGGAGUUACAUAGCACACUGGAUAGACUGCAGAGAACUAGAACAAGGUGCAUGAUCCCAAUUGCUUUAGAAGAUGAGACAACUGUUCCAAUUGAACUGAAAUCAACUGUCACGUAUUGGCCAGUGCUUACUGAAGAAGAGAUGAACACAGAAAAACUUAUUUGUUUAAUUGGUUCUUCAAUAAGAAACAAAUUACAAGAAAAAAAAUGAUU